CGGAUAAGGAGUCGCUCCAAACACACAAACUCAGCAUGCCUGGGACGGCGACCACAGGGUCCCGGCGGAUGAGCCAACUCUUCACGCAGAUGAUGGGAUCGUGCCCAGUGGAUAUCCAAGUGUACGGAGCUUGCGUGGCCAAUAUUGAAGGCGGCGUCAACAAGAACGUGUGCGCGGCGGAGUUUGCCAAGCUGCGACAAUGCUUUCAGCGUGCAGCGGCCAACGCUGCCAAGAAAUGAGUUGGAAGGACGGACUCACGACCUUGCCCAACCUGGGCCAUCCCAAUGUAGUCAUACCUAAUCGAAUACAAGCCUUACGAGGAGAUUAGUGCAUGA